CCCACUCGCUCCCUCACUCUCAGAUUGCACAUACAGAUACACAAACACACACGCACACAUGAGCCCAUUUGAAUUGCAAGUGAGCUCUGUUCGCCACCCGAGGAGGUAAACAGUGGAAGGAACAAGUGAAAAAGAAGAGGAGUGGGGGAGAGAGAGAGAGAGAGAGAGAGAGGAGAAAAAAAAGAGGAGAAGAGGGCACGCAGGCUUUACUGACCGGAUGACAUUCACACAGUGUUUAACAGGACAAGCCUCCACGUGUGAAGGACUGAGACACGGAGAGAAAGAGUGAGGAGAGCGCCUGGGGAACCUUGCACCACACCAGGGCACACAAGAGGUGGGACAGCCCUGAAGGGACACCUGAGCUCUGAUGAGACACCUCCUGAAGUAGGGAGUGAGCAGCACCCCAUGGGAAACGGAGUCAGAGGAACACCCAACAACAACCUGCUGUCGCUCCUCCUCUCCCCGCGACCGGCUCUCAUCCCCUUCUCCUCCUCCUCCUCCUCCUCCUCUUCCUCCACCUCCUCCUCUUCCAUCCUCGCUCCCUCUCUCAUUUGAUCCCAUCCCUCACUCCCUGUGCAGGAGAGGGAGAGCGUGCACUGAGAGAAGAGCCAGGGAGAAAAAGUGAAAGAGACAAGAGAGCAAGAAACCGGCGAUGGCACUCAUGUCUCUGUCCUGGUGUCUCGGUGCAGCUUUGGCGCUGCUUUGUGGCUCUUCGUGGCCCCAGGCGCACUCAGCCCUGGCACCUGAGAAUGAGGUACCACUCCGCCCAACUACAUGGUUACCAGAAGGAAAGAUCACCUCCAUAACUCUCCCCAAAGGACGAACUCGCAGGCUAUAUUUCACGCUGAAGAAGAAGGCUCCGGUGAUGUCGGUGACUGUCAGCCCCUGUGACCUCCCCAUCGAAUGGACCUUGGCUGCCCGUACCCUGAAGGACAAACCCCUUAAGAGCCUGCAGUGGAGCACCAAAAAGAGUGUGCCCGAGGUGUGGUGGCGAGGUCCUGGGACUGAGGAGAAGAUGCACAGCUUCACUGGCAGCGUAGUAAACACCUACAGGGGUCCUUCCCACCCCCAUGCUUCAAUCUACAUCGUGAGGCUGCGCUCCAAACAGCAGAACACUCAAGCUACAGUGUACCUCCAUGAAGGCCUGGGACCCUCUGGCGUCUUUCCUCUGAUCCCAGCCGACCCUCGAGUUCACACAUUAGGUGUCGGCAUGACCAGUGUCACCCUCAGCUGGGUGCCCAGUGCAUCCAUAAACAGCCUCCCACACAAGCAGAAAAGUUACGAAUACUGUGUCCUCGUCAACUCUCAGCAAAACUACCCCAGCCUCUGUGCUGCGCGAAAGAGCAUGAGAAGAGAGAAAGAACAAAAGCAAGAAAAUAAGGACAAGAGAAGGAGAGUGACAGUGUGGCCAAUUUUAAAAGAGUGGUGGUGGCAGCAGUGGCACUCUUAUCCUGAACCCCAGAGUGCACCUUCUUCCCUCAAUGAUGAGUAUGCUGAUCUCCAGUGUGUGUGUCAGGGGACGGAGAGUGUUUGCACCGUCUCUGAGCUCCUGCCUGACACCCUGUAUUACUUUGACGUCUAUGUGAUGGACAGGCUGAACGGGACCAGUAUGGCGUACAAGGGGACAUAUGCUCGAACGCAUGAAGAGGCUCGGGCGGCGAUUACCUCGCUAAGAGAAGGGGAGCUGAGGUGGGUGAGCUUCAACAACAGAGGCUCCAACUCAGAGCAGUUCUUCAGUUUCCGUCCUCGGGGUGUGCAGCAGAGCGGCCUCCUCACCUUGCAGAGUUGCGGUGCACGUGAAAAGAUCAAAGUCACCGUGUCCAGUAAAGGUCAGGUUUUGACCUCCCAGGCUGUGGGGGUCGAUUUAGCGCACAUUUGGCUCCAGGGAAGUCCUUCUUACCUCAUCCACUUGGAGAGAGAAGGCACUACCACAGGCCACAUCUCGGGUGCUACAAACCCAGCUCUAACAGGAAGUCUCACGGCUUCAGUCAAAAUGCAGACCUCGUCAGCCUACCACCGCAGAGGAGUCCCGUCUCUCCCCUCCACCUUGCAGAUAAAAUCCUUCAACCGGUUACGUGGUUGCAACAGUGUCACCCUGGCCUGGAUGGGCACAGAGGAAAGAAGCCUGUACUGCGUGUACCGCAGGAAGCUGGGAAACCAUGAAGCAGAGGCUGGGGGAGCAUCAGCUCUAACUGCACCCUGUCUGGGGCCAGAGUCCCGCUCUGACACCGAGAGAGUUCUCUGCAAGUAUUUCCAAGAGCUGAAUCCUCGGCGGGCCGUUACAACAGCUGUGAUCGGGGGCCUGGAGCCAGGGACGGCCUAUGUGUUUGAUGUCUAUCUAAUGAGACGCUGGGGGAUCCCUAUCAAGUACGCCAGCAAGAUGCUGAAGACCAGAAAGGAAUGCUGAGCUGCCGCCCCCUACAGGAGGUUUUUAGACUGUCCCUGUUUAGGGGAAAAAGCAUCGGUCAUGGACAUGCUGUAAAGACUGACCAUGAGAACGAAGCCAUUUAACUGUUGUGGAGAGACUGUUACCAUAACAAGGAAUUAUUCCCUGUGGAGGAGCAAUGGUUAUAUUCAAACAUCCACUUGCACUAUCCAUGUAAGUGGAUGGAAAGCAUAUGAGAAGGAUCUGCACACCAGCAAAAGUUCAUAAUAUUUACAAUACAACUCUUGUGCUUUUGUCAUUUUGUUAUUCAUUGUUGAUCAUGAUAAUGAUGUGCCAGUUGUCCAAGUGCUUAUUUUGUGUGUGAGUACAAAGGACAGACGAGGUUUGUGAAGUCAAUAGCAAAACAACAACAGAGACUGUGCCAAAUAUGCAACAGAAACAGAUGGGGCAAUAAUUGGAUAACAUCUGAGACAGGGGAGUUUGCAGUGUACAUCUCCAGUGCUGCAUAUUGUACAGGCUUAUAAACACAGAUGGGUGCAAUCUACAGAUGCUUAGUUCAAAGUCAGUGUGUAUCUUUGUGUACUGCUUUCGCAUGAAGCAGUGAAAAAAUACUUAGUGACUUGCCUCAUUGUCUUUGAUGUAUUCUUGUGCUGCUUCAAACGCACCAAUAAAUACUAGGGUAUCUGUGCGUUCUUGACCGAGUGAUGCAUGUAUGGAAACUGUAAAAUGGCUUUGCUACCAGAUUGUUUUCAGAUAGCUUCCACUUUUACUGUAAUAGACAAAGUGUGCACUCGUGCAGCUCGGUGCCAUACUUAUUUGUGACAUUUAAUUACAGGGAAAUUAAACAUGUUUAUUUUGGUAACUAGUUGGGGCU